GGAGAUAGUGAGGGUUCUGUUACGGGGGUGUGCAAAAGAGGGCGGAGAGCUCCUUGACAGACAAGUUGCCCUGGGGUGUAAAGGGUUGGAUUAAAAGAUGAUUUUGGAGGUCUGCGCCCAACCCUGCCAUUCUGAGUCUGGGCUUCCGUAGUAGUUUGAUGCGCGUUUAUUUUCCUCUCCAAUCUUGAGCACACCUGUAAAAUUGUUAGAGCACGAACAAGUAUUCUGGGCUCCUCGGAAAGAGAGGAGUGUCGUGUAGCAGUCUAGAUAAUUGGCUAACCCAGCUAGAGAACCUCUGGAAGAGGCCAAACCAAACUACAGCUCGGGAAUAGGCUUCAGAAAUUUCAGGCCGCUUUUACAUAGCUCCUUCCGUCUUAAUUGUAAGUCGCAUCCCCGCUGCACCGAGGGAAGAGUGGUAUGUCAUGUUCUCUUAAUUGCUAUGGAGCCUGGCAAGACCUGCCACGAAGAAGGCCCGUGGAUGUUAAGGAACAGACACUAGGCAAACACUGGAUGUGUAAUAUCCUGCGUGCUGGGUCUGAUUUUUAGUUCUGGCAACAAACUGUACUUUGGGGCAGGUAAAUUAUUUUGUCUGUACCUCAGUGUCCCCGUCUGUAAAAUGGGAUUGGUGAGAGGGCUCUCAGGAUGAGACGGUUAAUGUAAAGCUCUAAAUAUAGUUAGUGCUUAGCACCUCAGAAGUACUUAGCAGAUGCUUACUGUUACUGUUUCCUCUGCUCAGUGACUACUUGAGCCAAGUGCUGGUGAGUCUUUUUCCAACAGUUCAGUUGAGAGGUCCAGAGGAAUAUUUUUCUGGGAAGUGUUGAUCAUGUUGAUCACGUUUUGUUAGUAUGUAAAAUGGUCACUCUUGAGAGAAUGCAGGAAGUGGGCUUUAAGAAUUGGGUUUCUCAGAGACUGCCAGUGAAUUCGAGAUGAAAGCAUACUUCUCUGAAAUUUAGCUAUAUUUUAGUUACAGUUCUGGAGUUAAUAGGUGAAAUGGGUGUAAAUAUCCAGCCCCUCCUGACUUUCUGAGCUUUAGGCUUGAGGGAAAUGUGGACAACAUACCUACUUCACAGUGUCUAUUUAAAAGAUUCUUAAAAAAAAAAAAAAAAAAGAUUUCUUGUUUUGAUAGUGACAAUUUCAAGUAUGCUGAAAAGGACAGAAGACAAUAUGACACCCUCUACCAGUCACCAAGAUUUAACACAUAUUAAUAUGUUACCGUGUUUGUUUCACAUCUCUGCCUAUGGAACUCUAUUUUAAGAAUCUCUCAAAGCAAAAGAAACAAGUCAUGGAGAAGAAUGGGAAUAACCGAAAGCUUCGGGUUUGUGUUGCGACUUGCAACCGUGCUGAUUAUUCGAAACUUGCCCCGAUCAUGUUUGGCAUUAAAAUGGAACCUGAGUUCUUUGAACUUGAUGUGGUGGUACUUGGCUCUCACCUGAUAGAUGAUUAUGGGAACACAUAUCGCAUGAUUGAACAAGAUGACUUUGACAUUAACACGAGGCUACACACGAUUGUUAGGGGGGAAGAUGAGGCAGCCAUGGUGGAGUCAGUAGGCCUGGCCCUAGUGAAGCUACCAGAUGUCCUUAAUCGUUUGAAGCCUGAUAUCAUGAUUGUUCAUGGAGACAGAUUUGAUGCCCUGGCUCUGGCUACUUCUGCUGCCUUGAUGAAUAUCCGAAUCCUUCAUAUUGAAGGGGGAGAAGUCAGUGGGACCAUUGACGAUUCUAUCAGACAUGCCAUAACAAAACUGGCUCAUUAUCAUGUGUGUUGCACCCGAAGUGCAGAGCAGCACCUGAUAUCCAUGUGUGAGGACCAUGAUCGCAUCCUUCUGGCAGGCUGCCCUUCCUAUGACAAACUUCUCUCUGCCAAGAACAAAGACUACAUGAGCAUCAUUCGGAUGUGGUUAGGUGAUGAUGUAAAAUCUAAAGAUUACAUUGUUGCGCUACAGCACCCUGUGACCACUGACAUUAAGCAUUCCAUAAAAAUGUUUGAAUUAACAUUGGAUGCGCUUAUCUCAUUUAACAAGCGGACCCUAGUUCUGUUUCCAAACAUUGAUGCAGGGAGUAAAGAGAUGGUUCGAGUGAUGCGGAAGAAGGGCAUUGAGCAUCAUCCCAACUUCCGUGCAGUUAAACACGUCCCAUUUGACCAGUUUAUACAGCUGGUUGCCCAUGCUGGUUGUAUGAUUGGGAACAGCAGCUGUGGAGUACGAGAGGUUGGAGCUUUUGGAACACCUGUGAUUAAUCUUGGAACACGUCAGAUUGGAAGAGAAACAGGGGAGAAUGUCCUUCAUGUCCGGGAUGCUGAUACCCAAGACAAAAUACUACAGGCACUGCAUCUUCAGUUUGGUAAACAGUACCCUUGUUCAAAGAUAUAUGGGGAUGGAAAUGCUGUUCCAAGGAUUUUGAAGUUUCUCAAAUCUAUUGAUCUUCAAGAGCCACUGCAAAAGAAAUUCUGCUUUCCUCCUGUGAAGGAGAAUAUCUCUCAAGAUAUUGACCAUAUUCUUGAAACUCUAAGUGCCUUGGCUGUUGAUCUCGGUGGGACAAACCUCCGAGUUGCAAUAGUCAGCAUGAAGGGUGAAAUUGUCAAGAAGUAUACUCAGUUCAAUCCUAAAACCUAUGAAGAGAGGAUUAAUUUAAUCCUACAGAUGUGUGUUGAAGCUGCAGCAGAAGCUGUAAAACUGAACUGCAGAAUUUUGGGAGUAGGUAUUUCCACGGGUGGCCGGGUAAAUCCUCGGGAAGGAAUUGUGCUGCAUUCAACUAAACUGAUUCAAGAAUGGAACUCUGUGGACCUCAGGACCCCCCUGUCUGACACCUUGCAUCUCCCUGUGUGGGUGGACAAUGAUGGCAAUUGUGCUGCCCUGGCGGAAAGGAAAUUUGGCCAAGGAAAGGGCCUGGAAAACUUUGUGACACUUAUCACAGGUACAGGAAUUGGCGGGGGUAUCAUCCAUCAGCACGAAUUGAUCCAUGGAAGCUCCUUCUGUGCUGCAGAACUUGGCCACCUUGUUGUGUCUCUGGAUGGGCCUGAUUGUUCCUGUGGAAGUCAUGGGUGUAUUGAAGCAUAUGCCUCUGGAAUGGCCUUGCAGAGGGAAGCAAAAAAGCUACAUGAUGAAGACCUGCUCUUGGUGGAAGGGAUGUCAGUGCCAAAAGACGAAGCCGUGAGUGCAGUCCAUCUCAUCCAAGCCGCAAAACUUGGCAACGUGAAGGCCCAGAGCAUCUUGAGAACAGCUGGAACGGCUUUGGGUCUUGGGGUUGUGAACAUCCUCCACACUAUAAAUCCUUCCCUUGUGAUCCUCUCUGGAGUCCUAGCCAGUCACUACAUCCACAUCGUCAAAGAUGUCAUCCGCCAGCAAGCCUUGUCCUCGGUUCAGGAUGUGGACGUGGUAGUUUCGGAUUUGGUGGAUCCCGCCCUGCUCGGUGCCGCCAGCAUGGUUUUGGACUACACAACUCGCAGGAUCUGCUAGGCCUCCCAGGAGGGGACAUGGACCAAGACUCAGAACUUCUUCGUGGAAUCAGGUUGUCUUUUAGAUGAGCGUUUCUUACAAAGCAAAUUUGGUAUUUAGCAGGUGACUUCAGUUAAAUUUUUGCUUUUAGUCUCCUCUUCCAAAGUCACUCUUCCCAACCCGUUUUGGUAGAUGCUGCUCUUUCUGGGGUCAUUUUAGCUCAAACCCUGUAAGUACCAGUCACAAUUUUCUGUGCCAAAGGAGCUGUGAUAGUAGACAAGGAAGCCUUAGGACUCUGCUCACCAGACGUACCACUUAGACCUGCAGGCCUUGCUUGAGAUGGGACCUUGAUACUGGAGUUUGGAUUAUUAAUCCUUCCUACUCUGACCUUAAACUCAGAUUGCAGAAAGGGAUCCAGUCAGGAAACAGAAGGAAAUCUCACCGUGAAUGGCUAAAGUAAACUUUUUUAAAAACAGCUUUACUGAGAUAUUUUUAAAAGUGUACAAUUUGGUAAGCUUUGACAUAUGUAUAUACCUGUGAAACCAUCACCACAAUCAAGACAUUGGACAUACCUGUCACCCCCAAAUGUCAUCUGCUUAAAGAUGUUAUUUGCUACUACUCUUGGAGAGUCUUGAGCAACUUUAGGGAUCUGAAUUACAGUGGCUUUAAGUGACCUUGUCCUUAUCUUCUUAAGGACAGCUGAGAAGCCACUAGGACUUAACAGCCUCUGAAAGGAGAUUAACCAUCCCCAAAGGAUCUUCGCUAUGGACAAACACCUCUCCCUUCAGUAACUUUUCAUGCUAAUGUUGAGUAUGACCCUGGAGUAUCUCCUAAGGCAGCGUUUGUGGAGCCCGUAUCUGUGAAUCUGGAUUCUGGCGAAAUAUGAUUUUGUGCUUUCAUUGGUGUCUAGAUACAAAGGCUAGGGUUCUUGCUAUCAAUUUCAACCUGGAAGAAAUACGAAUACCCACCAUUUAUUAAGUGCCUACUGUGUGCCAGGUUCUGAACUAGGUGCUCCAUAUAUGUUAUUCUAAAUUCCCACAACCUGGGAGGUAGGUGUUUUAAUUUCCAUUUUAUACAACCACAAAUUAAGUCUUGGCGCGUUUAAGUGAUGGCUCCUAAAGCUGUGUGGCUAGUGACUCAGAAACAGGAUUUGCUCCCAGGUCCAUCUGGGCUUUUCUGCUAAGCCACACAACCCCUCAAAUAAAAACCUUGCAGAAGGUAAAUAUAUCCUAAUUUAGUUCAGACUGACAACAGCUUUAAUAAGACUGUCUCAUUAGCAGAUGACUCAAUUUGUCUUUGAUGCUGUCCCUCAGUGAUAAAUUUAAUCAAAUAUUCUUCUCUGCUGUGGACAUUUUGCCAAUACAGUAUUUUGUCUAGUGACAGGUUUUUAUGGGUACUUUCAGAUGAUCUAAGAAAGCAUAUGCAUGUUUUUCAGAUUCUUAUUUUAGGAAAACCAGAAAGUUUCUAUUGUUUCAGUGUUAGCAUACAAAAUAAAGUGUGAAAGAAUCACUAUUGCAUUUGAACUACUUCCUUCCUGGUGGGUUAAUGUGAAUAGAUAGGUUGGCUGAUUCCAAGAACUCCACCGGCCCUGAAAUAAUCUCCAGGUCCUGGUUAUUGUUGAAAAAUUCCACCGUGAUUCCUAGGAAGGAAGCUAGUUCUGCUUGGCGUCAGCGUCUGGGGUGAGGUGGUGUCCUGGGAAGGGACACCAGUUGUUCCUGGGCGACAUCUGUAACUGCUCUGGACACCAGACGGUUGCAUUGCUACCAGGCUUCAUACCAAAUAUUUGGAAGGAUGGUUCUAAAUCUAAAACCAAAUCUUAGUUUUUAUUGAAUUCACAGAAAGGAUAAUUAAUAUAUUCCAACAUAAUUAUUACUGACAGUUAAAUCACAUAUUAAUUUAUUUUAGUGUAAAUAUUUGUAUGUUACUGUUCUGAGCCAAAUUCUAAAGAAAAAAAUAAAUAUAUUUCUUUGUGGAAAUCCUAACAUUUUUGCAUUUUGUUUUCUUAAUUAACUGUCUAGCUAAAAUCCCUUCCCAGAAGAAAUUUAUGUUGUUGCACUGCUUACUUUUUGAAGGUCAUGUAACUUCUUAAGGCAUCUAGUACAGAUUUCUUAACCAAACAAAUAAUAAAUCUUUGAUAAUACGGA